UGUUUUUGGAAUGAGAAAAUAUUCAAAUUAUGGAAGAGAAAAACUUCGUCAUUUCAAUGAAAUGGAUCACGAAUUGGAUGCUCGUUUAAAUAAAAGUUAUGAAUUUGCAGCUCGUUAUACAGACCAAUUUAUUUCUCCAUUGACCCAAAUUAUUGCGAGAAAUAUUGCUUUUGUGGCUGCUUCUUUUUUUGUUGUUUUGUGUGCUUUAACUGCUAUUGAUGAAGAUACUUUAAAGAUUGAACAUGUAACAACAAUACUUUCAAUAACCGGUGGGGCUGUCCUUAUUUCUCGUAUUUUUAUUCCAAAAGAAAAUAUGGUUUUUUGUCAACAUCUUUUAAUGCAACAAAUUGUUGCAAAUAUUCAUUAUGCGCCUCGUUCUUGGCUAGCAAAUGCACAUUCUACUGAAAUUCAUAAAGAAUUUGUACAAAUUUUUCGAAUGAAGACAGAAUUGUUGAUAGAAGAAUUAUUGAGCCCUUUCCUUUCCCCUUUUAUUCUUUAUUUUUGGUAA